AUGUCGUUUAAUAAUGAAAUCUAUAAUUUGCCAACCUCAUUAUCUAAUGAGACUGAAAAAUUAACCAGAAUGAAUUUUGACAAUUGUGUAUUGUUUAAUAACUACGAAUUCACUAAAUUAUCAAAUUCUUAUCCAUCUAUUAAUUGGCAUAGUAACAUCAAUAGUCAUGACAUCUCAUAUACAAACGAAUUACAUAAUGAAUCAAAUUCACUUACAGAAUCAAAUAUAUUUCAUUCCAUUAAAAAUAUAAACUAUAACAAUGAAACUUUAUCAAAUAUCAAUACUGGUAAUCCAUUAGAUUACUCUAUAAAUUCUUUAAUCAAUGAUAAAAAGAAAUCAACAUUACCAAUAAUCAGAUCAUCUUUUUUAACUGAUCCAAAUAAGAAUCAUAAUUCAAUACAAUAUUCAAAUGAUAAUGACAACCUAUUCAACAUAUCACCAUCUACUUGUUCAAUUGAAAACACUUCAAACUCAAUGAGAAAUAUGAUCAAAAGUCCUAAAAUGAAUGAAGAACUUACAUUGAAACGUAAAUAUUCUAAAAAUCUUUCUAAUUCAUCUGCUAAACAGUCUAAAAAGUAUAUGAGAGUAAAUUAUAAUAGCGAUACUGGACAAAAUAAGUUCAUUAUUGAUCACAGUAAUAAAAAUGAUAACAUUAGUCAUUUUUCAACAACUGAUCCACUAUACACCGAUAAUUUAGUCAAAGAAACAUCAGCUUUAAAAAAGACUACAGUUUCUACAACCGAAUGGAAAACCAAUAACAGUACAGAUUUUAAAGGGUAUAAUAAAAAUCACAUGGAUAGCAUAAAAUUAAGUAAAACUGUUCAAUCAGAUGAUCAAAAUAUUCCAUUUAAUAAUAACCAUAAUGAAGUUAAUGAUAGUAAUGACAAUGAUAACAAUGACACAACAAUGACUACAAUCUCCACAGGAGCUUAUAAAUAUUUAACUUGGCGUGAGAAAGAUCGUAGACGAAGAUUUCGUGAAGAAUGGAAACAUUUAUGGCUUGUUAUACCAUAUGGACGUUAUGAGGUUAUGUGCCUUGUGUGCCAUAAAGUUAUGACACAAAGAAAACUGGAUACAAUUAAACGACAUAAUGUUCGACGACAUAAUGAAUUACAAGGAAUGUCUCAUUCAGAAAGACAAAUGUUAUUUGAUAAAUUAUUGAAACAACAUAAUAUAAAUGAUGAAACCAUUGAGAAUACAUCAGAUAGUUUAUCAAGUAAACUAUCUAGAAAAUUAAAAAAUCAAUGUAGAUCUACCUCCGAUAACAAUCUAACUAACUCUUCAAAUAAUAAAGAUUCAAAUGAAGUGGUAGAUGGUUUACUACAAGAUACAAAUAGUUGGUUACCUAAACAAAUUUCUGAAAUCAAUCAAUUAUCAAAUCCAAUUAUUAAAAGUCUUUCUUCAUCAAUGAAUUUAUCAUUUUCUGAUUGUAUACCAUACAAAAGAAAUAAACGAUUGUUUAAUAAAAUCGAUAAAAAAUUGUAUACAACUACUGAAUUGAUAGAAAAUACUACUAGUAAAAAAAAUAAACGUUUACCUAAACAACUACAAAAAACUCCACAUUGUUCCUUAUCUAAUUCUAUAGAAAACUUAAAUGACAAUUGUAAUCUAUCUGUAAGUAUAAAUCCUCUUCAAAGAUUACCAUUUAUUGGAUUGAAGAAUUGUUUUGAUUCAUUAGACAUUUCCACUUUAGAAGAUCAAUUGAAAACAAUAUCCGAUAAAAAAACAUUUGUCUCGGAUGUUACAUCGUCGGUUUCAAUGAUUCAACAAUUAUCAUCAGUUUCAACGAUAUCUCAUGUAUCAACUUAUUGUUCUUUACCAUUUUCUUCGCAUUCUUCAUCUGUUUUACCUUCUAAUUAUCAUAUAGAAAGAAUGAAACAUUUCAUUAAGUCAUUUAUUCCAUUGAAUCAUAGUCCAUUUUCACAAUCAUCAUCACCUACAACAUUACCGUCAUUAUUCUUACCAACAUCAUGUCACACAAUGGAUAAUUCAAACAAAUUUACAAUGCCUAGACCAGGUAAUGAAUUAAAUUGCACUAGUGUAGGCGAUGACAUAUUUAAUACUAAUUUAAUGAAUUCAAUGAAUAAAGGAAAUCAAAAUAUUCCAUUUGAAAUUGGGGAACAAAUUGUAAUUAAUGAAUAUAACAAAAUAAUGUCAGAUAAAUCUUCAGAAAUAAUGGUCGAUGAAAUAUUAAAUGGCAAGAAAUAUCCAUCAAACAAUUAUAUAAAUGAUAAUAUGAGUGAGGAAAUAUCUCCAGUAAAGCAGUCUUAUCCAUUAAAUGUAAAUGAACGUUUAAAAUGCUUAAGAUCAUCAUCAUCAUCAUCACCACAUUUGUCAAAUAAUUUAAAUCCAAUUAUCCCUGAACUAUCUCCACUCAUGAUGGCCUCUUGGGUUGCAUCCAAUGAAAAUUCAUCAAAAACCUCGAAUCCCAAAACAUUUAAUGAACAUUAUUCAAAUUUACUUGAGCCUACCUGGAAUAUUCAAUCGAACAUCGAUUCAAAUAAAUUAAUUGAAACUAAACCAACAGAAAAAUUCACUUUUCCAAAACGUUCAACAGAUCGAUUUCAAUAUGAUUAUCAUGAAGUCAAUCUACAAACUAUGAAUUCAACAGAUUUGAAAUUAAAUACAAAAUCCAAUUCAAAUCUAAAUAAGUUUACUAUUUCAUCUUUAUUGAAUACAGAAAUUUUUGAUAAGACAAAAUCUGGAUCAGAAAACAUGGAACAAGAUCAUUACACUCAUUCAUUUCGAAAAUAUAAUCCGAAGAAAGAAGCUACAAAAUUUAUACCUAACUCUCAAUGUCUUUCAUGA